AUGGAUCUUGACGAUGAAUAUCAAACUGUUCUUGAUUAUUUUGAAGAAACCUAUAUUGGACGAUUAGGCGCUAAUCACACACGAAGAAAGCCAUUAUUUACCAUUGACUUCUGGAAUAUGUUCCAUAGAACAACUCAAUCAUUAAUGAGAACGAAUAACUCAACAGAGGCCUAUCAUCGUCGAAUUAAUUCAAUAUUUCAAUGUUCUCAUCCAACACUGUGGGUUUUUCUUCAAAAACUUAUUGAUGAACAAUAUGUUACACAUGCUGAUGUAGUUCAUAUAAAAUCUGGACAAGUACCAAAAAGCAAGAAAAAGAAUGAACGUUUUGAAAAACGACUAUUACAUCUAAUUUCAAAUCCUCAUCAAGAUAUUCUAACUCAGCUCGACUCAAUUGCUAAUAAUAUUUCAUUAUAA